ACGAAAUUCAAAAUGAUUUAAUAGUAAUUGCAGAAUCAACCAUUCAAAUUUUCAACAAUCAAUUUUUCAAACCCUAACUCUUCGUUUCACAAAUAUGUUAAAGAUGAAGCAUAAACACAAUUCAUGACAGCAUCUAGAAUACAAGAUUAAAAUAGAUUUUCUAUUUCAACUGAAGGAUCAUAUGAUUAUUCAGAAUCUGAAAAAAUAAAUAAAAAAGGAAAGAUAAUUAAAAUUAAAGAUAAGGACCUUCCUUAACCAUAAAAGUCAGAGACUAAAAACAUUCCUAAAAAUUUUGGAGUCUUAUUAAAGAAAUUUUUAUGUAUUCAUUUUUCUAAAAUUUAUAGGUAGCAAAAAUACUGAUAAUUAAGCCAUUAAAGCCUUUUUGAAAAAUGGAGAACAUAAGAAAAACUUUUCUAGACAAGAUUUUACUAGAUUGUUUAAUGAUCCUGUAGCAGCUGAUUUAUCUAGACAAUAUUUCUCUGGAUUUCAAAUUAUACAUGAUCUAAUGAUUAGUGAAAAAAUAUAAGAUGUCAAGAACCACAUUAAAUAUAUUAGUAAAUUUUAUAAUUCUACUUAUAAUAAAUAAGAGCUUGAUGAACUUAAAUUAUAAUGA